CUUAUGAAAUUGUGCAAACUAGAAAACAUAUUCACAUAUCACACCUUUCUUCCAUCUUGUGGCUUAUCGGCCGAUUUCUCAAUCUCUCUCUUCAGUCUUGAGGUAAUAAAUAGCAGCAUCCCUUUCAUGGCAGGUUUUUGAUUCCUUGAACUAACACUACAUCUGCCGAAACUAGUAGUAAAGAUCAAUGGGGAGAAAGAAGGCAACAGAAGAGAACCCUGAACCUCCUAAGCAGGGCGGUGGAGGAGGGAAGUCCAAGAAGAAGAAUCGGGUGAUUGACGACGAUGAGUACUCUGUCAAGACUGAAGAACCUAUAGUUCAGGAGGAGACAGCAGUACCACCUCUUGGUCAGAAAAAGGCCAGCAAGUCGGGGGCCAAAGAUGACGACGAGAAAGAAGAAGAUGAAGAGAGAAAGAAGCCGGCCAAGCAGGGUGGUGGAGGGAAGUCAAGGAAGAAUGUGGUAAUUGAUGAUGAUGAAUACACUAUUGGGACAGAGGACCCUGUCAUUCUGGAAGAAAAAGUUGCACCCACAAUAGCAGGUGGCAAGAAAAAAGGUAAAAAAGGGAAGAAGGGUGCUUCUAAUUAUGGAGAGGAAGACGAUGUACAAGACAGAUUGGAUUUAACGAGGGACGACCAAGAGGAUGAAGGCAUUGUCCCCUUCUCUGGGAAACUGAACAAGUCGAAGAGGGGAAAAGCCAGUGCUAGUGUGUUUUCUACAACUUUUGAUACAAUUGGUGAUGAAUCGUCUGAGGAAAAUGAAGAACCAGUCGUUGCUGGUAUGGGGAAGAUUAUUGGCAAUUCAUUUAGUGUGGCGCUUCUUGAUGAAGAAGAGGAGGCAGAUACUUCUGUUUCUAAGCUUGAGACAGAGACAGUUGAAGAGGAUGAUGCGCCAGAACUUAUUUUCGCAGGUAAAAAGAAGUCAUCUAAGAAGAAGAAAAAAAGUGCUGUCAGCAUGACUGAAGCCAAUGUUAGGGAAGAAGUUGAACCAGAACAAGCUAGCCCAAUGGUUAACCCUGAAGAAGCUGAUGAUUAUGAAAGCAAAAAGAAGGAAAGAGAUGUACCAGAAACUUCUAAGAAUAAAACCAAGAAGAAAAAGGGUGGUCGUACAGUUCAAGAAGAUGAGGAUGAGAUUGACAAGAUUCUAGCAGAACUUGGUGAAGGAGCUGCUGCUGCUCCUGCUCUUUCUGAAGAGAAAGUACAGGUGCAGCAAGAGUCAAAAGAUAAUAAAUCUAAGAAGAAAAAGGGUGGUAGAACAGCUCAAGAAGAGGAUGACAUUGACAAAAUUCUGGCAGAAAUUGGUGAAGGGCAAGCUACACCUGCUCCUGCUUCUCUUCCACAGGAGGAGAAAGGCCAAUUGCAGCCUCAACUAGGUGAUGCUGCUGCUGAGAAGGAAGCAGUUGAAGAAGGAGCUAUGGAGUCUGCUGCUGCAAAGAAGAAGAAAAAGAAGAAGGAGAAGGAAAAAGAGAAAAAGGCAGCUGCUGCUGCCUCUAGUGUAGAGGAAAAGCAGGAAGAAACAAAAAAUGACGCCAAAGGAAAAUUGGCAGAUAAGAAACAGUCAAAGCAGGUUAAGGAGAUGCAAGAGAGACUCAAAAGGAUGAAGGAAGCUGAAGAAAAGAAGAAGAGGGAAGAAGAGGAAAGGUUAAGGAAGGAAGAAGAGGAACGACAUCUUCAGGAAGAGCUAGAAAAACUUGCAGAAGAGAAGAAACGUUUGAAAAAGGAGAGAGAGAAGGAAAAGCUCUUGAAGAAGAAACAAGAGGGGAAACUACUUACAGGAAGGCAAAAGGAAGAAGCUCGAAGAUUAGAAGCAAUGAGAAAACAAUUUCUUGCUAAUGGUGGGACACUGCCACUCCCCACUGGGGAGAAUAAGAAAGAGACAACCAAACGGCCAAUUUAUCAAACGAAAAAGUCAAAAUCACAAGCUCAGGCUAAUGGCAAAACCCAGGAAGAGUCUGUUGAAAGAUCAGAAGUUAAAGAACAUCAACAGGAGAUUGUGUCCGAGAUUGAUUCUGUAGAAACUGAGAAAGUUGAGGAUGUGGAUUCGACAAUUACGGAGGAAAAGUCAGAAAUAGCUGAUGCAGAAGAAAAUGAAAUUGAAGAAGAUGAUGAUGAUGAGGAAUGGGAUGCAAAAAGUUGGGAUGAUGCUGAUCUGAAACUUCCUGGUAAGAGUGCUUUUGAAGAUGAGGAGGUAGAUUCAAAACCGCAGCCUAUAACUAAGAAAGAGAUUAAGGUUGCAAGUUCAGCUGUUCAUGGCGCAGCAACUCUGCCUGUUGCUGCCAAGUCGGUGAUUCCUACUCAAAAAGCUGCUGCAACUGUGCCAGGUGUACUGAAGAAUGACCGAAGUAGGAAAGAGGGUGAGCCUGAGGAUAGGGUUGCAGAUCAAAAUAAUCAGACAGGCAGUCCUGAAGAACCUGGUGCUCCUAACCAGAACGAAGACAAUCUCCGGUCUCCUAUUUGCUGUAUUAUGGGGCAUGUUGAUACUGGUAAAACCAAGCUACUUGAUUGCAUACGAGGCACCAAUGUUCAAGAAGGUGAAGCUGGAGGGAUUACCCAGCAGAUAGGUGCGACUUACUUUCCAGCUGAGAAUAUACGCGAGAGAACGAAGGAGCUCAAAGCUGAUGCGAAGCUGAAGGUCCCUGGUUUGCUGGUCAUCGACACUCCUGGACAUGAAUCUUUCACGAAUCUGCGUUCUCGAGGUUCAGGUUUAUGUGAUAUUGCUAUUUUGGUUGUUGACAUCAUGCAUGGGCUAGAACCACAGACCAUAGAGUCACUUAAUCUUCUUAAGAUGAGGAAUACAGAAUUUAUUGUUGCUCUGAAUAAGGUGGAUAGGCUUUAUGGAUGGAAAGUUUGCAAGAAUGCUCCCAUUGUGAAGGCGAUGAAGCAACAGUCCAAAGAUGUUCAGUUUGAAUUUAAUACGAGGCUUACUCAGAUUGUCACCCAGUUCAAGGAACAAGGUAUAAAUACAGAAUUGUACUAUAAAAACAAAGAAAUGGGGAAGGACACUUUUAGUAUUGUACCAACUAGUGCUAUUAGUGGUGAGGGUAUUCCUGACAUGCUGUUAUUACUUGUUCAAUGGACACAAAAGACAAUGGUUGAGAGACUUACUUACAGCAAUGAAGUCCAGUGUACAGUUUUGGAGGUUAAGGUUGUUGAAGGUCAUGGAACAACCAUUGACGUGGUUUUGGUUAAUGGCGUGCUUCAUGAAGGAGAUCAAAUAGUCGUUUGUGGCAUGCAGGGACCUAUUGUUACCACAAUCCGAGCAUUACUAACGCCUCACCCCAUGAAGGAACUCCGAGUAAAGGGAACAUAUUUGCAUCAUAAGAAAAUCAAGGCUGCCCAGGGUAUAAAGAUUACCGCUCAGGGCUUUGAGCAUGCAAUUGCUGGCACUAGUCUAUAUGUUGUGGGGCCUGAUGAUGACGUGGAAGACAUCAAAGAAGCAGCUAUGGAAGAUAUGAAGUCAGUGAUGAGCAGGAUUGACAAAAGUGGAGAGGGAGUAUAUGUUCAAGCAUCUACACUUGGAUCAUUGGAAGCUUUGCUGGAAUUCUUGAAGACCCCAGAAGUAAGCAUACCUGUCAGUGGGAUUGGCAUAGGUCCUGUGCAUAAAAAGGAUGUCAUGAAAGCUAGUGUUAUGCUUGAGAAGAAGAAAGAGUAUGCAACCAUCUUGGCCUUUGAUGUUAAAGUGACGCAGGAAGCUCGGGAACUUGCAGAUGAACUUGGUGUCAAGGUUUUUAUGGCUGACAUUAUUUAUCACUUAUUUGAUCAGUUUAAAGCCUACAUUGACACUAUUAAGGAAGAAAAAAAGAAGGAAGUUGCUGAAGAAGCAGUCUUCCCCUGUGUGCUCAAGAUCGUACCAAAUUGUGUCUUCAACAAGAAGGAUCCAAUUGUUCUGGGAGUUGAUGUUCUUGAGGGCAUUGUCAGGAUUGGAUCUCCUAUAUGUAUUCCUCAAAAGGACUUCAUUGAUAUUGGUCGUAUUGCAUCCAUUGAGAACAACCAUAAGCCUGUUGACUAUGCGAAGAAAGGCCAAAGGGUGGCCAUUAAGAUAGUUGGAUCUAACCCUGAGGAGCAACAAAAGAUGUUUGGUAGGCAUUUUGAAAUGGAAGAUGAGCUUGUCAGCAAAAUUUCAAGGAGGUCUAUUGACAUACUCAAGGCCAAUUUCCGGAAAGACCUCACAGUUGAGGAUUGGAGACUUGUCAUGAAACUGAAGACCCUCUUUAAGAUACCAUAAUGAGACAAGUUUUUGUAGUUUUCAAAGGAGUUGGUUCUUGGGUCUCCGAAAAGCACCUUGUUAGGGGCUUAGCAGUUUAUCGAGCAAUAAGUGGUGAUUUGACUGUAAACAAGAAGUUUGGACUCAAUAGAACACGCACCUCAGGGACAGAGAUGAGCAAAAGUGAAGAAUGCAAGUGGUGUUGGCUGCUGCAACUGAUUUCCUUUCGUUGGUACUCUGUACUUCUGUAUAUGCUGUUUUUUGAUACUGAAGUGAGAAUUUUUGCAGCAUUGACCAAUGGCAGUGGAGUGUGUUGUACAGGGGCAUACAAAAUGGCAACACAUUUUCCAUGAUACAGAAAUGUGAUUAUGACUUUGAUAUACAAAAAACGCCAAAAGAUUAUUGGGCUAUUGUUGGCAAGUUCUUCAUAUUAGUAUCAAUUCCUUUUUAUAGAUAUAAAAGGUAUACUAGUAUUACUCA